AUGAUCAUCAUGGCAAGACACACGCCUCUUCAACUUCUAAUACUAUUUGCCUUCGUGAUCGUCAUCGGUCAGUCACGAACAGUUCCAAAUAACGACACCGAUAUUCGCAACAAGGAUGAAAUUGAACUCAGGAAACCGUUCUCCUUGGAAGAGACAUAUCUUUAUAACAAUUACGUGUUGUCCGGCUUCAAUGGCUCGUGGAUUUCUGACAAUGAAUUUAUAGUUGGGAGCAUGAUUACAGGCGAUAUUGCUAUUACCAAUGUAAAAACAGGAGAAACUAAACAGAUUUUUAAUGGAACAGAUUUACCACUACCAUACAAAUUCAGUACAACAACUAUUUCGGCUGACAAGCAGUAUAUUCUCUUUUGUUACAAUGUUAACCAUGUGUACAGACACUCGACCGUCCAAAAUUGUGUGGUAUAUAACAUCCAGAACGGUACAUUUGAAGAGAUCGCGAAUGGAACUAUGAUCUCGCUGGCGUUAUGGUCGUCCAUCGGCAGUGACUUGGUUUAUGUUCUUGAUAACGAUAUUUAUCUUAUAACUUUCGAUUAUAAGUCGAAUGGAGUACGAAGAUUGACAACAAGCGGCGAAGCCAACACAGUUUUCAAUGGAAUUCCGGAUUGGGUAUACGAAGAGGAAGUAUUUGGAUCUGCGACUGCGAUGUGGUUUUCACCGGAUGGCCAACAUUUGGCCUUUGCAACCUUCAACGAUACUGCAGUAAAGGACAUGGCAUAUUUUCAUUACGGCACUCCUGGUUCUCUCGAAGACCAAUAUCCUACGGAAGUGAAGAUAAAGUAUCCCAAGGCAGGUACACCAAACCCGGUAGUAUCUCUGUCGGUGAUCGAUUUAUUCGAUCCAUCGUCAGAACCAAUUAUUUUGGAAGCACCUAUUAAUAAAGUGACAAGUGACAACAUUUUGUACAUCGUGAGCUGGUGGAACAAAACACACGUACUAGCGACAUGGACAAAUCGCGUACAGAACCAAUCCCAGAUGACCAUGUACGACAUACAAGGUGAUGCCAAAUUGGUUUUGUCCGACGAGGAGACUGAGGGCUGGCUUCAACCGAAUCUUCCUAUAAGAACUCGUGAUUACAUAUUGCUUUUACGCCGGGAGCCUUCUGGUACCAGCGCCGGCAGAUUCCGACAUAUAAACAGGUAUGAAUAUAAGGAUGGUCAGUUUAUUAUGCCGUUGGAUCUAACGCCCGGUCCCUCCGAAGUUCAUGCGAUCUUGGCAGUCGAUUCGCCCAGAGGCAAAGUUUACUAUCUCGCCACGGCGCCGGGUGAACCGUCGCAGAGGAAUUUGUAUUUGGUACCUCUGGAUGGAAGCCAAAAACCAACUUGCAUAUCCUGCAAGUUGCUCACGCCGGAAGGAAACAAAUGUACGUACGCUACCGCAUCUUUUUCAAGCUCGAGGUCGUAUUACGCUUUCACAUGUUCCGGGCCUGAUCCGGCUACGGUGACGAUUAAUGACAAUAAUCAUCAGCCAGUCUUAACCUGGAAUACUAAUCAAGCAACGAGGACACUUUUAUCGCGGCGGUUAAUGCCGCAACAAAGAAAUUUCAAUAUUACCGUGAAUGGUUAUGACUGUAAAGUCAGAUUACUCUUGCCGCCAGAUUUCGACGAAAGCAAGUUGUACCCCAUGAUGGUAUACGUCUACGGUGGUCCGAACACGGCCAGGAUCGUCGAUGACGCCAAGUACGGAUACGAGCAUUAUCUGACGACCAACCGAAGCAUAGUUCACGCGUGGAUCGAUGGACGAGGAUCGGCCUUUAAAGGCAGCAACAUGCUUUUUGAGAUAUACCGGAAGUUGGGUACCGUAGAAAUUGAAGAUACGAUCGCUGUCACCGAAAUUCUGCACAAGCGGUACAGUUGGAUCGACGCGAACAGGACUGGUAUAUGGGGUUGGAGCUAUGGUGGUUUCACUACUGGUAUGGUGAUGGCCCAAGAUACCAACUUUAUCUUCAAAUGCGGUAUAUCCGUCGCGCCCGUAACUUCCUGGAUUUAUUACGAUUCCAUCUAUACGGAACGAUUAAUGGGUCUGCCGACUCCGGAGGACAACCUUGAUGGUUACAAUCGCACGGAUAUUUCACGACGAUCGGAAGGAAUACGCGGCAAAAAGUACAUGCUGAUACAUGGUACCGGGGACGACAACGUGCACCAGCAGCAGACGUUGGCGUUUGCCAAGUCGUUGGAGUAUAAAGACAUCCUGUUCGAACAGGUCACGUACACGGAUGAAGCGCACUCUCUUGCAAACGUGUACCCUCACCUUUAUCACACAAUGGACAAAUUUUGGGGCGAAUGCUUCGGGUGGGCACACUGAUCAGACUCACUAAAAAAGAAAAUCGCCCUCACGGCUACAAACUCGUUUGCGCUGUACGCCAGGGGCCGUAUUCUUGAACACUAUCGCAUACGAAAAUGUACGAAAAUAUUAUAGAUUUCUUUAGUAUUUUCAUAUGCGAUACUUUUCAAGAAUUGAGGACCAGAUUUAUGACACAAGAAAGAAUCGGCGUAAACCGAGAAAAAUCGAAGACUUAUUUUGAAUUUAUUCAGACUUGAUUUUGAUUCGACGAAAGAAGUACUCAGCGUGCCUCUUAAAUAUUAAUGGCAUCGAAGUGCUUAUCAUUAAAGGUAAGGGUGACUGUUCUAAGAUACUUUGCCUUGAUCAAAUCUUGAAAAUAUCGACAAUAGUAAUGGAAAAUAUUAUAAGUAAAUUUUGAAGCAAUGUAAAUGUUUUAUUUUUUAUCAGUAGUU